AUGCCGAAGCAAUCAACGGCUGUUCCCCCACUAUGCGGGGUCAACACGCCCGAUCGCGGGAAUCGCGAAUGCAUUCGUUCCGCAGCGCUGGCGAGAGGCAGAAGGCAAACGGAGCUUUCAAAAGAAACGCUCUGGCCGGCUGCCGAAGUCCUUACUCCUCAGCAUAUUCGCCCCGCGACAUUGGAUCAUUACACUUCCAUUACUUCACUGGGCAAAAUGGUUGGCCGACUUGAAGGGAAAGUUGCUAUUGUGACUGGUGCGGGUUCCGGGUUUGGCGAAGCCAUCGCGCACGCCUUCGUUGACGAAGGCGCCCACGUCCUGGUCGCAGAUAUCGCGGUCGAGAACGGCCACCGUGUCGUGAAGGACAUCGAGGCCAAAUCCGGAGCCGCGCGAGGCAGUGCAGUUUUCGUGGACUUCAACUGCACAAGCCGCAAGGCGUGGGAAGAUGCUCUCGAGUUGGCAAAGCAGAAAUUCGGUAAACUGGACAUUGUUGUGAACAACGCUGGAACGACAUACCGGAAGAAGCCUAGCAUUGAGGUUACAGAGGAUGAGUUUGAUAAAAUUAUUGCCGUGAACGUGAAGAGCAUCUAUCAGAGCGUCGCUGUCGUGGUCCCGUACUUUGUCGAGAGGAAGUCUGGUGUGUUUUUGAAUACAUCGUCGGUCGCAGGCACACGAGUAAGACCUGGCCAGGUAUUUUAUGGCGGCACAAAGGGCUUUUUGAAUACGGUAUGGAGCUUUCUCUCUUCUGCUGAGCUUGCGCCAUGCCGGCUACCUGAUCCCGUUUCCGACACCAAUCAUCCCACCCCCUGUAAAAGGCGCUGGCUAACGUCGAGGAUGGCACAGGUCACACAGGGUCUCGCUGCAGAAUAUGGGCCCCAAGGUCUUCGAUUUAACUCCAUCUGCCCUCUUCGCGGAAAGACUGGAUUAUUAGAGAUGUUCUCUGGUGUCCCCGAUACGCCGGAAGAGCGCGAAAGAUUCGCACAAUCGGUGCCGCUGAGACGGAUGUCGGAGCCGACGGAUGUUGCAAAUGCAGCUGUUUAUCUAGCAAGCGACGAGGCUUCAUUUAUCACGGGAGUUAAUUUACCUGUGGAUGGUGGAAGAUUGGCGGUUUAG